AUGGCACCCACAAUUCACUGUGUUCGCCACGCUCAGGGCGUUCACAACCUCUGCACUGCCAACCAUGUUAUUCCCGACCCUCUCCUCACAGACCUCGGCCAUGAACAAUGUGUCAAGCUAUGCGAAUCCUUCCCCUACCACGACAAAAUUGAUCUUGUAACUGCCUCGCCCUUGCGUCGCACAAUCUACACUGCUCUAGAGAGCUUCAAGCCCGUUUUCGAGGCCCACCCGGACAUGAAACUUAUUGCCCUGCCCGACGUCCAGGAAACCUCAGAUGUAGCCUGUGACACAGGCAGCGAGCCCCAGGCCCUGCGCGACGAAUUCGCUGGCAAGAACGUGGAUUUUGAACUGGUCCACGAAGCUUGGAACAACAAGGCUGGCCGCUACGCCCCAAUCAAUUCGGCACUGAAGGGACGCGCUCGCGCAGCCCGCCAAUGGCUCAAGGCCCGCCCCGAGAAGGAUAUUGUUGUUGUCACACACGGUGGAUUCCUGCACUACUUCACUGAAGAUUGGGAAGAUAGCAGCCAGUACCAAGGCACAGGGUGGUCGAAUACCGAGUUCCGAUCCUACACUUUCUCAGAUGAAGUACACGCUCAUGAUCUGGAUGGAAACGAGCUUGAGGGUGAAAAUGCUUCUCUGAUCGAGACUGUUGAAUCUAGACAACGGCGUGGGAAGGAGGGUCCUUCCCCGGGUCGUGAGGAGCAGAAGACGCUUUACAAGCUCGGUACUCAGGGCUGGGAUGAGCAGCUUAGCACGGAGGAGAAGGAGUCAUCUAAAGUUCCUGAGGGUGAAGAGGUUAAUGGAGUGCGAGUAUGA